ACACUCCCCUAAAACAAUGGCGCGGACAAACCUCGCGGGCCAGGGAAGAGGGGGAGGGUAUGCGCGGCGGAAAGAGCGAUAAUAUUUCGACGGGGUACGACCCACGCAACGCUCGCGUGCUCGGGGCACCAUCGUCGCUAGUCGUCGCGUCGCGUCGCGUUGCGUCGCGUCGUGGGCCGCAGGGCCCGCAAAAUAAUGCCCCGUGUCUCCUAAGAGAUUGCGGUUACAUCCGCAGCGACGCGCGUUCGCAUAUACAGGGUGUCCCGAGGCAAUCGCGAGCCGCGGGACGAAAUGGGAUUCUGUCACGUUGUAAAGGAUUGAAGAUUAGCCGAACAAGAGCGUGUUCGAGAGUCAAGGGGAUCAGCAACCUCAGGGGAGGCUUACAAGCGCACUCUGAAGAAAAAAAGCAGACGGUUAAGCGAGGAUUUCCUUGCGAGAGAUAUAGGGUACGAGAGGUAAAUUCGGCGCGAAGGAGGUCCGGGGGCGAUCCGGACGGCACACAAAGGAGCGCGGGCGUCCGGGACCAUUCGAUGAUUGGUCAUGCUCACACGGGAUAGAACACAGGGGCCGGAAUGGCAAUUCAGAGAUUAGACACACUCCUGGCAAACAGGGCGGAGUACACGAGCGACGUGGGGACGUAUAGCUUUCGUUCGUGCACGAAAGAGAGAGGUUUUCGGGGGCACAAGAGAUACCUCGUUCGGAUUCCCACGAUGCACCGUGAGCACAAAGACCUAUAAAUCUGGAAUCGUGUGAAGAAUCGUGUCGAUUCGUCUCUUCGCGACAUGUCUACUUAUCGUUUCGGACAAUCGUCAUCGUGCAAUUAAAUCUUCGUUUUCGACGAAGAGAAAUCACGAGUCGAUUAUAUUUUCGUGAUGGGAAAUAUAAUAUAAGGUUUCUUCUUUGUCGCUUGCCUUGGAGGAUUGCACGAAAAUUUUAUU